CUGCUCAGGGCUGGGGUGGGCGUGUGCUUCUGUGUUCCACGCCCACUCAGUGGCAGGAAGGGAGGGAGCAGGCGGCGAGAAUCAGGGCAGGCGUGUCAGCGCGUUACAUUGCGGAGCAUGGGCGCUGUAUAGCUUUCCCCUCCCUCCCUUCCCCACCAACCACAACAACCCCCCCCCCCGCCCUGACCGAACACUAUCGCUUCCGAGAGGCGCUCUCUCACCCCAGCCGAGCGGUUGGGGGUAAUUUACAACGGAGGCGACGGGGUGUCGAAUUGAAGAGCCGACAUGUCGCGCUCCGUGUUGCAGCCCAGUCAGCAGAAGCUGGCGGAGAAGCUCACUAUCCUUAACGACAGGGGGGUCGGGAUGCUCACUCGCCUGUACAACAUCAAGAAGCAAGGACAAGUCUGGAAGGCAUGUGGGGAUCCCAAAGCAAAGCCUUCUUAUCUGAUCGACAAAAAUCUUGAAUCUGCUGUCAAGUUUAUUGUCCGGAAAUUUCCAGCAGUCGAAACACGCAAUAAUAAUCAACAGCUUGCACAACUUCAGAAAGAGAAAUCUGAGAUUCUGAAAAACCUGGCACUAUACUACUUUACCUUUGUUGAUGUUAUGGAAUUUAAGGACCAUGUAUGCGAGUUGCUGAACACUAUUGAUGUCUGCCAGGUCUUCUUCGAUAUUACGGUUAACUUUGAUUUAACAAAGAACUAUCUAGAUCUGAUUGUAACCUACACAACACUAAUGAUCUUGCUUUCUCGGAUUGAGGAGAGGAAAGCCAUUAUUGGACUCUACAACUACUCUCACGAAAUGACCCAUGGGUCAAGUGAUCGGGAAUAUCCUCGACUUGGACAGAUGAUAGUGGACUAUGAAAACCCUUUGAAGAAGAUGAUGGAGGAGUUUGUUCCCCAUAGUAAAUCUCUAUCAGAUGCCCUCUUAUCACUGCAAAUGGUUUAUCCAAGAAGGAAUCUUUCAGCUGAGCAGUGGCGCAAUGCACAACUUCUGAGUCUCAUCAGUGCUCCUAGUACAAUGCUGAACCCAGCACAAUCUGACACGAUGCCAUGUGAGUACCUUUCACUCGACACAAUGGAGAAGUGGAUUAUUCUCGGAUUUAUCUUGUGCCAUGGAAUACUAAACACAGAUGCUACAUCAUUGAAUCUGUGGAAGCUUGCCCUGCAAAGCAGUUCUUGCCUUUGUCUUUACAGAGAUGAAGUUUUUCAUAUCCACAAGGCUGCAGAAGAUCUAUUCGUCAAUAUCAGAGGCUACAACAAAAGGAUAAAUGACAUCAGGGAGUGUAAAGAGAAUGCAGUAUCACAUGCAGGAGCAACACACAGAGAAAGGCGCAAAUUUUUAAGGUCUGCAUUGAAAGAACUUGCUACCGUACUUGCCGAUCAGCCAGGCCUUCUGGGUCCCAAAGCACUUUUUGUAUUCAUGGCAUUAUCUUUUGCCCGUGAUGAAAUAAUAUGGCUACUCCGUCAUGCAGACAACAUUCCCAAGAAAGUUGCAGAUGACUUUAUGGAUAAGCACAUUGCUGAGCUCAUAUUUUAUAUGGAAGAACUUCGAGCGCAUGUACGGAAGUACGGACCAGUGAUGCAGCGAUACUAUGUGCAGUACUUGUCUGGCUUUGAUGCAGUUGUAUUAAAUGAGCUUGUUCAGAAUCUUUCUGUGUGCCCUGAGGAUGAAUCCAUUAUAAUGUCGUCAUUUGUAAACACUAUGACCUCCCUGUGUGUGAAACAAGUUGAAGAUGGAGAGGUUUUUGACUUCAGAGGAAUGAGACUGGAUUGGUUUAGAUUGCAGGCAUAUACCAGUGUUUCCAAAGCUUCAUUAAGUCUCGCAGACCACAAAGAACUUGGAAAAAUGAUGAACACUAUAAUAUUCCAUACCAAAAUGGUGGAUUCCUUAGUGGAGAUGUUGGUGGAGACAUCAGACCUUUCAAUAUUUUGCUUUUACAGCCGAGCUUUUGAGAAAAUGUUUCAGCAGUGUUUGGAGCUGCCUUCCCAGUCAAGAUAUUCAAUCUCCUUCCCACUUUUAUGCACUCACUUUAUGAGUUGCACUCAUGAACUUUGCCCUGAAGAGCGGCAUCACAUUGGAGACCGCAGUUUGUCACUAUGUAACAUGUUCUUGGAUGAAAUGGCAAAGCAAGCUCGAAAUCUAAUUACAGACAUCUGCACAGAACAAUGUACUCUUUGUGAUCAGUUGCUGCCAAAGCACUGUGCCAAAACAAUCAGUCAAGCGGUUAACAAAAAGUCGAAAAAGCAGACUGGAAAGAAAGGAGAACCAGAAAGGGAAAAACCUGGAGUUGAAAGCAUGAGAAAGAAUAGACUUGUGGUAACAAACUUGGAUAAAUUGCACACUGCACUUUCAGAGCUCUGUUUCUCUAUCAACUAUGCACCAAAUAUGGUUGUAUGGGAACACACAUUUACCCCAAGAGAGUAUUUGACGUCGCACUUGGAAAUCCGCUUUACCAAGUCUAUUGUUGGCAUGACCAUGUACAAUCAAGUCACCCAAGAGAUUGCUAAACCUUCUGAGUUGUUAACAAGUGUAAGAGCCUACAUGACUGUACUCCAGUCAAUAGAAAACUAUGUGCAGAUUGACAUCACAAGGGUUUUUAACAAUGUUCUGCUUCAGCAAACUCAACAUUUAGACAGCCAUGGAGAGCCAACAAUCACCAGUUUAUACACUAAUUGGUAUUUGGAAACACUACUGAGGCAAGUAAGCAAUGGACAUAUAGCCUGUUUCCCAGCAAUGAAAGCUUUUGUAAACCUGCCAACUGAGAAUGAGCUUACAUUUAAUGCAGAAGAGUAUUCCGAUAUCUCUGAAAUGAGAGCACUCUCUGAGCUGCUGGGACCAUAUGGCAUGAAGUUUCUGAGUGAGAGCCUCAUGUGGCAUAUUUCCUCUCAGGUGGCUGAGCUAAAGAAACUUGUUGUGGAGAAUGUGGAGGUCUUAACCCAUAUGAGGACAAGUUUUGAUAAGCCAGAGCAGAUGGCAGCCCUUUUCAAAAGGCUUACAUCCGUUGACAGUGUCUUGAAGAGGAUGACCAUUAUUGGAGUUAUAUUGUCUUUCCGAUCUCUUGCACAGGAAGCACUGAGAGAUGUUUUGUCUUACCACAUUCCUUUUCUUGUAAGCUCUGUUGAAGACUUCAAGGAUCACAUUCCUAGAGAGACGGACAUGAAGGUUGCAAUGAAUGUGUAUGAGUUAUCAUCAGCAGCUGGAUUGCCCUGUGAAAUAGACCCUGCCUUGGUUGUGGCACUGUCCUCUCAAAAAUCUGAAACCAUCAGUCCAGAGGAAGAGUACAAAAUAGCCUGUCUGCUCAUGGUGUUUGUGGCUGUUUCUAUGCCAACGUUGGCUAGUAACGUCAUGUCGCAAUAUAGUCCUGCAAUUGAAGGUCAUUGCAACAACAUACACUGUUUGGCAAAGGCAGUCAACCAAAUUGCGGCAGCACUAUUUACCAUUCACAAAGGGAGCAUUGAAGAUCGUCUGAAAGAAUUCUUGGCGCUUGCAUCCUCCAGCCUACUAAAGAUUGGCCAAGAGACUGAUAAAACUACUACAAGAAACAGGGAAUCUGUUUAUUUGCUGCUAGAUAUGAUUGUGCAAGAAUCACCAUUCCUGACCAUGGAUCUGCUGGAGUCCUGCUUCCCAUACGUCUUACUGAGAAAUGCGUACCACGCGGUUUACAAACAGAGUGUCACAUCCUCUGCAUAAAUAUUUACUUUGCGGAACAAACCGGCGCUCAGUUGUAAUGCCUCAAUUUUCCCCAGAAACUGUGGUGGAGUACUUUUACUGAAUGGUUUGGAAAAACAAAACAAACAAACAAAAACAAAAAAAAAAAAAGAAACUGUUUUGUGACUAAAACUCUAUCUCUAUUCCAUUGUCUUUUUGACCAGUGGUUUCUUGGUGCAGUAUUCCUUCCAUAUAAGCUUGGUUGGUUGCACUUCACUAAGGAGAAAAAAAAAUUUGUUUCUUUGAACGGUUACAUUAUGAAAACAAGAACAAAAAAAUCCUGAAAAUGGUUUCAACCACGCUACUUUUGCUCUGUUUUGAUAUCGGAUCAUUCUAAAUAUUAUUGCUUGUUUAUUUCAAAGAAAAAAAAAUGUAUUUAGUGAUUAUUUUAGUUGGUGAUAUAGGUGACAUCUUUGUGUAAAUUAUUUCAUACAGGAGAAAUUCUAAUCUAUACCUUCUUUUAUGUUCUUACCGAUGACAAUUUGGAUAGGUGAUUCUGUGAUUUCCGUGAAGUAAUUGAACCAUGUAACUACCCCCACCCCCCCAUUCCACUUGCCCAAAAUGCUUGCAAAAAAAAACACUAGUAACGUGAAAGUUAAAAUUUCACAAAUCUUAAUCGUCUCAGUAUUUUCAACACGGAUCUCCUCCUUGAGGUUUUUAAGCAACAUCAAAUGUUGUGUGUAAAAAGCAUAGUAUUUCUUUUUUUUUUUUUUUAAAGACUAACUUCUGCCAUUUCCUCUUGGCAUUAACACUACCAUUGUACCCUGAUAUAUGGUAUGAUAUAAAAACAUUCUUAUGCGUUUAUCAAAUGUUCAUACAUUGUUUUCCCCUUAACCACUUUUAUAUGUUUUAACUUUUUGAAAUUCAAGUGUAACUUCCAUAACAUACAAUAAACACUGAACUGUAUCAAACAA